AUGGAAGAGUUAGAAAGAAGUGGUAAGUCCCAAGAACGGGAAGAAAACAGCGAAAAUGAAUUAAGUGACAAGAAUGAUUCCGUUUUUCUGUAUCUCCACCGAUCACACUUAUGUGCCCUGGAGGCCUCCCAGUGCUCCAGAUCCCUCAGGAUAUGCAUCUUGUCCAAGAAUUUUAUUGUAGACAUGUCUCCACUUCAGAUAUGUACAGAAUUAAUUAAAUUGGAUCUCCAUUCCAACCAGAUAAGAAUUGUGCCGGAUAAGAAAUUUUGGGGUGAAAUGAAGAAAUUAAAACUUCUCUAUCUUCACGAUAAUUCAUUUGUAAAACUAAAGAAUAUGUGUUCGCUAUCCGCCUGCCCAAACCUCAUUGCCCUCACUCUGUAUGACUGUCCAGUGAGCCUAAAAAAAGGUUAUAGACGCGUGAUGGUCAAUAGUAUAUGGUCACUCAAGAUCCUGGACCGGUAUGUGAUUUCUGAUGAAGAAGUAAUUGAGAAUUUUAUGCUUCCGGAAAGAUUCAAAGCGCUUAACAAACGGCUUUUCUGUGAUAUCACUCCAAAGGUGAUAAAGGAUACAGACUAUGAGAAAGAGGUGUAUCAGAUGAAUUGCAUUAUUUCAAAAAUAAAUAAAAUUGUUGCCCACAAUUCACCAGUUGUGAUAGUCCAAAGAUGGAUACGUGGACAUUUGACUAGAAGAAUGUGGACAAAACCUUACCAUAAAUUGUUACAAAGGGAACCUGUUAUUAUUCCAGAAAAAAUAGCUAUUAAGAUACAAAAGGAAAAAGAGGGCACAUGCACCACAAAGGAAGAUGAGAAGUCAGCCAAAGAGACUGAAGGAGAAAAGCCUACUUUGCCAGGAAGGAAGGCUGAGACUGUCCCCAGGGGGGAAAAGGGCCCAAAACCAUAUGGCAUAUUUUCAUUGGAACACAAAGCCCUUCUUUCCUGCGCUUUAUCAGAAUUACGGAAAAAAGAGUACCCGCAGCAGCCCCGAAAGUUGAAGCGCAUUCCGGUUUCUAAGGUCUCAGAAGAAAGGACUAUAAGUCAAGAAAUCAACCUUAAUUUUAUAAUGCCAGUGAUCAAAGUUCAUAUGUCUCUACCUUCCAUUUUUAAGCAUUCUUCAAAACCUAAAGAGAUAAAACAAGAACUCUACCACCUUCCGGUUUACCGAUUAUGUCAUUUUACUGAUGGCCAAUCCAAAUUCAAAAUUAGCCAUCGAUUGGAAAGAGAUAAGAAGAAAGAUGCUACUAGGCCACAUAGCAUUAUUGACUUUUCCCCACUUUAUAGUAUUGAUAGACAGUAUAGAAACAGGGAAAAGAUGCAAAACUUCCAAAAUAAAAAACAACAUGUAGCCAUGAUCCAUUUUGCUGAUCAAAUGGCUAACGAAAAUUUUCAAGAAUAUGUUCAAGAGAAAAAUUACUUUAUUAAAAAAAGAAAUAAAGACCAAAGCAAGAAAAUUGAAGAAAGUUUGCAAAAGUAUCAAGAGACCACAUCAAAACUGAUGGAAAAAUUCCAAGAAAGGAGAAGUUGCUUUCUAGAAGAAGUGAAAUUCAAAGCCCAACAGCGUCUGAUGGUGGAAGAUAUAAGUAAUCAGCUCACCACGCUGACGAAGGAGCUGUUUCAGUUUGACAGAUACAAGAGGAAACAAGACAUUGUGAAGAACAACAAGAGCAUUGCGAAGGAAAUGAAAGAAACAGAUAAAUAUCAUAAGGAAUUAAUUAAAAAAAUGAAGAAAGGGAGGAUCAGAGCGAUACAUAAAAGGCAUGUAGAAGAGAAAUUAAUUAUUAAUACCAUUGCUGCUCAGAAGGCUUCGGAUAGAAUUCAAGAAGCCAGGGACAAAGUGGCUGCCAUGAAAAGUCAUCGUGUUCAUAUGAACAUCCCUUAUGGACACCCGAGGAAUUCUUUCCUUUCUAGCCCAUUCACAUUCUUGAAGUGA